AUGGGUGCAGUCGGGAAAACGCUGUACAUUCUUUACGUGUUCCCUCUGAUUUACUUUCUCAAUUUCACUUAUGCACUCACUUUGUUCAUAAUGUUCCAAGAGUAUAAGCUAGCAAUAUUCAGUUUUUAUUGUAUUUCUUUUUCAAUUGUGUUUUCUUUGGGGGAGGCUCUCACAAGGAUAGUAGAGCACCAGCAACAAUCUAUCGAAAACUUCCACUGGCAUCGGAUCCGUAUCGCAGGUGCAUGGUCUGUUUCAAUGUAUUAUUUCCGGUUGCUAUGAUUCUCAUGUUUUUUGGAGGAUAGAUAAAUACCCUUGCCUCCUUAUUUAUUUAUUUCCUACUGCAAUGCCUUCCAUAUGGUUUUGCAAGUAUUCUUUCAGAGUCAGAAUCACCUAUCAAGUACACUUUUCCAAAAACCACAAAACUAACCAACCUUCAAAAAGUAUCAAUCUUCACAUUCUUCACCAUUAUGGAAGUCUACUAUAUCUACUUGUGCACUUGGACUCAUCCAUCUCAGAACGAGUAUAACAUUGUCAAAUUCUUACCAGGAACUAUAUACUUAUGCCCAAUAAUCAAUAUAAUGGUUAUACCUCCCGUUGUUGUAGCGUGCUAUGCUUAUAACUCGGAUACAGUAAAAUUAUUUCAAUCGCAACCUGGUAGUGAACUACAGUUUAUUGGACUCAAAACAUGGAAUCCUGCAACUGGAGUCUGGGAAUCGGACGAGAAGCCUGAAGAUCAUGAGUUUUUAGAAGUCUAA